AUGGGGACCACUUCAAUACCCAAUUUCCUAUCAGAGGAAGGGGUGCCGUUCGGAAGGCAAACUGGAGCUAGCCCAGCGCUACCCCCAUGCACUCCCUUCGAAAACGCCCCCUCAACCCAAACAACAGCAGAGGCCGAGCUAGUAGUCCAAAUUGCGUCCCUCCGGAAGGACAAGGCUAGGCUUCAGGAGCACAACCACCUUCUGUCUUCCAAAGUGGACGAAACCCAGCAGCUGCUGCACCAGCAGCACACGCAGAACAUCCAGACAACUUACUCUUCCGAGAGCUUGCAAACCCCUCAUGGGAGGAGGAAGUACGGAAAGGUAGCGAGGGCAACGCCCGCGCCUUCCAAACAGUUGGUGGUACCGACACCCCGGGAUCAACCACACGUCCCGAAGAAGGUCUACUCCGAUUGCCGACACAGGCUUAACGAUCGAGAGGCGAAAAGACAGAGGUCUCCGAUCAGGAUUAGCGCUCGACUAAGGGAAUCCCGGAUGAACGCCUUAGGAAGCAAGUCGCCUAUUCGGAAGGUCAGGGGGCUGGACUCCACAGAGUCGGCGUCCGAGUACAUCCCUUCCAAUACGCAAACUUCCACCUACCGUUCGGCACCAACUCAAUACUCGGGGGAUAAUUCAGUGAGCCCGCGAAGACGCUCGGAAGACUAUGGUUCUGAGGAAAUACCAAGCCGAGACCCUGUUGUCCGACUCCUUUUUCGGAAAAUCCAGAAAAUGAAAAACGAUAAGGCUCGCUCCCAGGAAUCGGAAUGGGGAAAGCUUCGGCCCGGACCGUUCACGAGAUGCAUCCGGCGUUCUCGGCAGGAUAGGGAAGUACAGCCACUGCGUAUCCCGUUUUAUACUGGAACUGAGGACCACUUAACCCACCUCCAUUCAUUUCAAUCUGCCAUCGGAUGCAAGGGUCUGAGCGAUGAGGGGCAGUGUCUACUAUUCCCAUCUUCCCUUACCGAGGCAGCCCUGAACUGGUUCUACCGGUUAGAGCCGGAAACGAGAGAGGACGAGCCAUUGAGAGAGUAUGCGGCGCGCUUCAGUCACGAAUACUCAAGGUGUCCGGAAACAGAUGAUAGGGCAGCCUACGGCGCCUUCAAGAGUGGCCUUCGGUCCUCGCAUUUUCGAUACCUGGUACACAGCAGCAACUGGCGCACGUAUGACGAGCUGAUGAAGCAAGCAGCGGUGCACGCCAAGGCCGAGUAUUUCAACUCGAAACCCAGUGUUCCGGCACGCCGAGGGGAUACAGAGCCAAACGCUUAUCCAGCGAAGACGCCGUCCUACGAUAGCAUCGACCCAUAUUCGGCAGACCAUAAGAGGAAGGACAACCGUGCCGAUCGAAGAGAUCAUCCGAAGAAGGAAAAGGGGCGGUAUUGUCGCAACGACAACCGAGGACCCCUACCCAAUCGUGACCACGGCAACGAGGUCUUUACCCUACUGAACACCACCUACGAAGCCGUUCUGAUGAACGAACAGGAAAUAAUACCAAAACCAAAUCAGCGAAGACCCAAUCGGCAAGACAACAGGGAAACCGGUAAAUUCUGCCGAUACCAUCAACACAACAGCCAUAAUACGGAAGAUUGUAUAAGUCUGAGGAAGAUCGUGGAACGGUUGAUCCGAGAAGGGAGACUGGAUCAGUAUAUCGCCCGGCAGCCAUUGGCGCCGGUGCCGAACCCCACUCGGCAGAUAAACAUGAUAAGCACUAUCAGCGGUGGCCCUACCGUUGUGGGCAUGAGCAACCGUUCGAUGAAACAGUAUGUGCGCGCCGCACAGUUUCCUCAGGUGCUCGGCAUAGAGGUGAAUCGGCACCAGGAAGUACCAAAGGUUCAUUGGGAGCCGAUCACAUUUUGCGAAGAGGAAGAAGAGGGAAUCCUCUAUCCCCACGACGACCCGAUGAUCAUCCGAGCUGAAAUUGCCGAUUACGAUGUAGGGCGAGUGCUGAUCGAUACCGGGAGUUCCGUGAGCGUGAUCUUGGCCGAAGCUUUCAGAGAGAUGGGAAUCGGUGACAACCAGGUCAACUGGCAGUUGACACCUUUGCUGAGUUUCUCUGGGGACCUGGUCCAACCGAUCGGUAGCGUUAAACUGCCGAUUACAUUUGGCACAGUGCCAAGAAAGACAAUGACAUACGAUCAGUUCCUCAUCGUUGACUGCCCGACGGCGUACAACGUCAUCGUUGGUCGAACGGCGCUUACGAGGGUUAAGGCGCAUCUCUCGCCCCACAUGCUAUUGAUGAAAUUCCCAACCCAGAACGGCACGGGAGCAAUCCGAGGAAACCAGUUAAGUGCCCGGACUUGCUAUGCCACGGCCCUCAAGGCAACCUCUUUCAAACUCCCCGACGAAACCAUGUCUGUGCAGGGGAUACCGAACGGUACGGGACCAGUCGAUGAUCCAAGAGAUGAAUCCCUGACCCCUCACACAUAG